UGGGGGGGAAGGGUUAGCCGAUGACAUUUUGGGGAAUAAAAAUCAAAUUUUAGAUCACCCCUUUAAAAGCGGUCGUGAAGCCCAUCGCCAUGUUGACUCCCACAGUUCGCAUGCGUGCAUAAAUUAAUAUUGGACCAACGAACUUUAUCAAAUACAAAGUACACAGCUCACCAUUUGCUCGCGGCUCCUCGAACUCAUUAGCGAUCGGUGCAUUUAAUGUUCAGAAGUUUUUAAGUUUGACGCGACCGUUACGUAACAAUGGAGUGGGGCGGUAGAUUCAGACUGGCAGGCACCGUGCUGGCAUUUGUAGGUGCUUGGCUGAUCCGCUUGUUGGUCGACUCCGCCAACAUGGGUCUGUAUAUGAGAAGCUGUCUGUUGGGACUGGUAGCAAGUCUCCUCCUGUUGGCCUCCGUGUUUGCUUUCCACAUGAGCAUCAUCCCGUGUUCUCCAGACCACACUCUGCCGUCGCUCCUGAGAUGCUACGUGAGCAACCAAGUCUACUCCUUGCGCUACCCAUUCAUCAAAGCCAAGCUGAGACGAGAGUGGAGAAGCCCGCAGCGUGCCCAGGAGACAUUUCUGCGUCAACUCAUCGCCCGAGACGCCGAGACCGAGUACGGACUGAAGUUCCGCCUGGGAGACAUAGAGAAUGUCGCCGAACUUCAGAGGAAACAUCCCCUGACUUCCUACGAGGAUUACAGGGAGUACAUGCAGAGGCUGGCUGACGGGGAGCGAGGCGUGUGUGUCGGGGAGGAGGUCGUCAGAUUUGGUAUCACCUCCGGUACAACCGGAGUCGGUAAGCUGAUCCCGAUCGUGGCAUCACGAACAAACGUGAUUUGGUUCUCGUUGUCGGAGGUAGUCUUCCCGGCCAAUGAAGCCUUCGGCCGGCCGAGUCCCCUGCAGCGCAGGUGCACCUUGUACUGCAAACCUACCCUGAAUCAGACCAAAUCUGGUCGUGUCGUCUCGCCGCUGUUCUUUGUCUCGCCCAGUGACCAGUUUACCCUGGACAUGAGUAACACACCGCCUGCUGGAUUCCAGAUCUCCACCGACUUUGAGGCAAACUACGUCCACCUCCUCUUUGCCCUCCGGGAUAGACAUAUCGGGACGUUCCUCGCCCCUUUCACGGCGCUGGUGUACAGAGCAAUGAAACUGAUCGAGGACAACUGGCAGACCCUGCUCGAUGACAUCACCAAGGGGAGACUUAACCCGGAGCUCGCGAUAUCGGACGAGAUUCGGCGUGAUUUGAAUGCCGCUCUUUCUCCAAAUCCCGAGAGAGCUGGGGAACUCCGCGCCGAGUUUUCCAAGGGAUUUGUCGGGAUCGUUUCGAGGAUGUGGCCCAACUUCAAGCACAUAUUCUCCGUUGAAAUGGGUGGAUUUCGAACUAAACUGGACAAGACCUACACGAAAGGAACGCCAAUUUACCAAGGAAUAUACAUGUGUACGGAGACCUGCAUUGGAAUGAAUUUGUGGCCGACUGAUCCGCAAGCGAAGUAUAGCCUGCUCGUCAACGAAAAUAUAUACGAGUUCAUUCGCGAGGAAAACUGCAAAGACGAAAACCCACAAACUUUGCUGAUCGACGAGGUGGAAGUUGGGCAGACGUACGAACUCGUACUCACGACUCGCUGUGGCUUGUACCGCUACCGGAAUGGCGACGUGGUCAAGGUUGUGGGCAUCCACGAGAAAUGCCCGGUCAUUAAGUUCGAAUACAGGAAAGCGGAGUUGCUGAAUCUUCGCAGUGAGAAGGUAACGGCGGUCACCAUGCAGACGGUGGUGCAGGAAUUCAUGUCCCAGCUUCCAGGAGCCAGACUUGUCAAUUGGACGUGUGCAGAAAGUCCACUGCUUUCUGAUACCAAAGGAGGUGACAGCUACGAAAUCUUCUAUCUCGUGUUUAUAGAAGUGGAAAACGUUUCACCACUUGAGAACACAACGGAAUGGGCACCAAAGUUUGACCAAGUUUUGCGGAGACAUCACCAUUUUUACAACUACCUCCGCAACAGCGCGACCCUCGCCAUGGCGCAUGUGCACCAGGUGAAGCCAGGCUCGUUCGACAAGCUGAAGGAAUUCAUCGUGGCAAACUCAUCAGCCUCUGUCAAUCAAUUUAAGUCACCACGGAAACUCCGCGAUACAGACGUCCUGGAACUGAUGAUGUCCCACAUUAUGUAAUCAGCUCAAAUUAUCGUUAAACAAAGCAAAAAUUUGGUUUACUUAAUCUGUAAUUGCGAAGAAAACACGACUUACAAAGUCUUCGUAAUAUUGAUUCAACCGUCAAUAAAUAAAAAAGUAUUUCAAAGUCAAACUAAAAUCAGUGCAAACAAUUAUGAACAAUGAGACAAAGUAAAUGUUUAAGUCAAGGUAUUGCAGAGAAAACACGCCUCACAAAGUCUUCGUAAUAUUGAUUCAGUCGUCAAUAAAUAAAAAAGUAUUUCAAAGUCAAACUAAAAUCAGUGCAAACAAUUAUGAACAAUGAGACAAAGUAAAUGUUUAAGUCAAGGUACAUGUACAUAUAAUAAUUGAAAGAAUACUUACAAAAUUAAUUAAUAGGACUCAUUGUCUUGUCGAUUGUAGAUCUUUCACCCAGAUUUAAUGACGACUUUGUGUUGAAGAAAUUGCACAAAGAGCAAAAUCUGUGACUGACGAUGCAUGGUAUUCUCUCAACUCUUAAUUGAGAUUAAACUAGAAAAUUGGGCCUUGAGGCAAUUUAAAGUUGGUAUAUGGGCCUACGUGCAUGCUUUUUCAAAAUUUCGAUUUUCUUUUCCGAACGAAGUUUAAAGGAAUAUAAUGUCCAGCAACAAAUACAUUUGCUUGUUUAAUUUUUGCAGGCUUACUGUUUUAAAAAGGUGGCUGUAAAUUGCGCGCUCCAGUUCAGAAAUUGUGCACACUAUUAAAGGAGAUAUACAACAUUUGGUUUUGCUCUAAUUUUCAGAAAUAAAUGGAUUUGGAGGAUUAGUAUGCUAUAGAAAAUAUUGUUAAACUGACUUGUUUCAUCUUUUGGGCUUGUAAAUGCUGGGAAAAGCAAGUAAACCAAUUUUGUUCUUGUAGUCUGGCUCCCUGACCCCACUUAAGAUGAAACGGAGCAAUUUACAGACUUUGGGGAAUUGUAAGGUCAGAGAAUCAGUCUAGCAGGAUUGUACCCCUUCACAGGU